UACGUGGACCAGUCCACCUAUCACAUGAUACGUCACAGGACCGUGGCAGACCACCAAGGCCAGAGGGGAAGACACUAGAAUUUACCUCCGUGACUUUCUCCGCGAAGAAAAAAGAUUUUCUAGGCCGUACAGGAGACCGAGACAACAGACAAGAUGAAGAAGAAGGUCCUGUUAAUGGGAAAGAGUGGGUCAGGAAAGACCAGUAUGCGCUCCAUCAUUUUUGCAAACUACAUUGCAAGGGACACCAGGAGAUUAGGGGCUACAAUUGAUGUUGAACAUUCUCAUGUUCGCUUCCUGGGCAACUUGGUACUGAACCUAUGGGACUGUGGAGGUCAGGAGGCGUUUAUGGAGAACUACUUUGCGAGUCAGAGAGACAACAUCUUCCGUAACGUGGAGGUCCUGAUCUACGUGUUUGAUGUGGAGAGUCGUGAGCUGGAGAAGGACAUGCACUACUACCAGUCCUGUCUGGAGGCUAUCCUACAGAACUCGCCUGAUGCCAAGAUCUUCUGUCUGGUGCACAAGAUGGACCUGGUACAGGAGGACCAGAGGGAAUUGAUCUUCAGAGAAAGAGAAGAAGACUUGAGACGUCUGUCUAAACCACUGGACUGCACAUGCUUCAGAACAUCAAUAUGGGAUGAGACACUAUACAAGGCCUGGUCCAGUAUUGUGUACCAACUGAUUCCCAAUGUAGAACAGCUGGAGACCAACCUGAGGAACUUUGCAGAAGUUAUUGAUGCAGAUGAAGUGCUGCUGUUUGAGAGGGCUACAUUCCUGGUUAUCUCCCACUGUCAGAGGAAGCCACACAGAGACGUCCACAGGUUUGAGAAGAUCUCCAACAUCAUCAAGCAGUUCAAGUUGAGUUGCAGCAAGUUGGCAGCUUCGUUCCAGAGCAUGGAGGUUCGUAACUCAGCGUUUGCGGCCUUCAUCGACAUCUUCACAUCUAACACCUACGUGAUGGUCAUCAUGUCCGACACAAGCAUACCCUCAGCCGCCAUGUUGAUAAACAUAAAAAAUGCCAGGAAGCAUUUUGAAAAGCUGGAGGGGUACAACAAUGCUCAGAUGCUACUCAAGUGAUGGGAAACAACAAAAUCACAACAACAACAACCAAGUACAAAAGACAGUGCAAGAUCCCCCAGUGUAUAUGAACAUUUUUCACCCAUACAGUGUGUUAUGAAGUGUUUGAGAGGUAGAAUUCAAUGAUGUUGACCAGUACCAUUUUGGUUACCCUAUAAAUAACAUGCACCAUGUUCCGACCACUGUGUCAGUUGUAGCCAUUUCGCUGUUACAGCCACACAAGUGGACACCAUUAGCUAAUAAAGCGACAAUGUAUAGCGUGUAUACCCUGAACACACAUUACCAUAUCACUGGUUCAGAGUAACAUUCUACUUUUUGGCGAUGCCUCAGGGGCGGAGACAUUUUGUAUGAAGGGCUAGGCAGGGGGAUCGAGUGAGAUUUAAAUAUCUUUUGUCUGGCAGUGCCACGAAAACAUAAAGAAUGCCAUAUAUUACUAGGUAGUUAUCAAACUUAAUUGAUUAUGAUAAAUCAUGUUCUUUGAAUAAAUCUAAGUCUGAGUUUCUAAAAUUUUGACUUUUUGUUUUCAUCUUUGAUGUCUUAUUUUGAAUGCAAGACUUGUUAUCUUGUACAAAGAUAUUUCAUGCUUUGUAAUAAAACUCCACUAGCUGUACAUUAUUGCAAUGUCAAUGUUAGAGAAGAAAUGCUCUGCUGUCAGUUGAACUCACUAACUAGAGUUUUCCUUAUUACAAUAUGUUGUGUAUUGGUAAUGCAGGUGCAUUGCCCUGUUCAACCUUCAACUUCCCAAUGUAAUACAUGCAUGUGUUUACAGGUAGUUGUACUUUGGUGCUCAGAGGCUAAGGGUUAAUGGUUAACACCACUCUAUAGGUUGAAAUGCAUGUUGCACUUUGUAACUAUUCAGCAUAUUGGGCCUUGAAUCUGUAGAAAAGGAUAGAUAUGAUGAAUGGCAUUUUUAUCAAUAAGAAGUAGAAAUGAAAAGAUGUUUGUAUGACUUAAACGCCGUGAAAGUGGCUUAAGAUUAACAUUGAUUCGCUUAACAUUGACACUUGAAAAUACUGGACAAAUAUGGCUGUAUACUAGUGAUAGCACAUCAUUUUGGAGGUUUUUGUCCAGAAGUAAAUGUACUUGUGUACUUCUGUAUUUAUGAUUGACUGGAUGAUGAACUCACCAAUACAAUAUCUUCUUUUAUAGCUUUGCUUUUGUGCUUAAGUUUCAUGUAGAAUCAUACAGUACCUAUCAAGAUUGUUUUAGGACAAAGUUGAAGAUGUUUAGGGCAGCUAUACAUGACAUGUACUAAUAAUAGUGAUGAAUGUUACAUGUGUAUAGGAUAUAACGUUACAAAAUGCUUUGAUUUUCAACAUCUUUGAUCCUUCGUGAAUAACUUCAUCAGGUUGGCAAUUAUUCAUAUAGUAAGGUUCUUUUUAGCACAACCAAUACGCUUUAGUUUUGGUUGUGCUAAAAAGAACCUUACUAAAUGAAUCUUUGAUCCUUAUUUGGCUAACUUGUUGCUACACUAAACACAGGGUUACAAAAUUUGAAUGAGGAUAUUGUAAAGACUGUGACUUAAUUGAUGAUACAAAUUUCAAGUAUGAUAAACCUAAAAUAUAUGAAUACACUGUAUGCCAGUUCAUGGAUCUUUCUAUCAUUUAUGUUUACGCAAAAUGGAAUAAAGACAAGGAAAUGAA